UAAUCUCUUGCUCUUUUUAGAAAUCUAUUCUAACAUCUUUGGGGUUUAGGGUGAAGAACUAAAAGACAUCAAAAUUGAGGAUACAGAGGAAUCAGAGGAGAUUUUGGUGAGUGGAGAUCAGCAGUCUAUGGAGGAGGGCGGUCCUCUUUCCUCUUGGGAUUUCCUAAAUGAAGAUCACAGCUAUUUACACCAUGAUCAGGGUGAAGAACUGAAAGGAAUCAAAGCAGAGAUUAAAGAGGAAGAAGAAGAGAGGUUGGUGAGUGGAGAUCAGCAGUUUAAGGAGGAGGGGGAGAGAAUUGUGGAAAACAACCAGGAAGAAUAUUCUCUACUAAUGGACACAAAUGGACACUAUAUUCCGAAUAGGAAAAGCUCUGAUGGACAUUUUAUUUUAUCUUCAUAUUAUAAUGCCGAAAACUGCGAUAUCGCACAAUAUUCUCAAGAAGUAAAUCUCAAUACUCAAAGUACACAUCACAGACCUUACCCCUUAGAGAGAUCAAUGGAUCCCUCUAAUCCUGAGGAAUCUUCUGAUCAAUCGCAUACUGUUACUCCGGAUAUCCUUCUGGGAUCUCACAGAACUGGUCCAUCUUUUCUCAGUGAAUCUUCUUUGGGCCCUGAAGGAGCUCACACAGGAGCGAGCUCAUUGUCACCUUUAGAGUGCAAAAAAUCUCCUAAUGAAUGCAGAAUAUUUGUAAAAAAUAAGAGAAAUCUGAAGAACGAACAUCCUUUCUCGUGUUCAGCAUGCGGAAAGUCUUUCACUGUGAAAGCAGACUUCCUCACACACCAGAGAAUCCACACGGGCGAGCGUCCUUUUUCUUGUUCAGACUGCGGGAAAUGUUUCAUUUCGAAAGAACUCCUUCGUAAACACAAGAGAAUUCACACCUCUGGAGGUUCUUUUUCGUGUUCGGAGUGUGGAAAAUGUUUCAACAUGAAAGGAUACCUUCUCAAACACCAGAGACUUCACACGGCUGUGCGUCCUUUCUCUUGUUCGGAGUGUGGGAGAUCUUUCACCAUGAAAGGAGACCUUCAGAAACACUGUAUUAUUCACACCGGUGAACGUUCUUUCUCAUGUUCGGAGUGCAAAAAAUGUUUCUAUCGCAAAGGAGACCUCUUUGCACACCAGAGAACUCACACAGAUGAGCGUCCUUUUUCUUGUACAGAGUGCGGGAAAUCUUUCCUUGCCAAGGGACACCUUUAUAAACAUCAGAGAGUUCACAUGGGCGAGCGUCCUUUUUCUUGUUUAGAAUGUGGAAAAUGUUACAAUCGGAAAGGAGACCUUAAUACUCAUCGGAGAAUUCACACCAGUGAACCUUUCUCAUGCGCAGUGUGCGGAAAAUCUUUCACCGUAAAAGACAGCCUUCUCGCACACCAGAAAAUUCACACGGGUGAGCGCCCUUUCUCCUGUUCAGAGUGCAGGAAAUGUUUCAUUAGAAAAGGAGACCUUCGUAGACACCAGAGAAGUCACACGGGCGAGCGUCCUUAUUCAUGUUCAGAGUGCGAGAAAUCUUUCACUCAACAAGGAUCCCUCGUUAUCCACCAGAGAAUUCACACGGGCGAGCGCCCCUAUUCUUGUUCAAAGUGUGGGAGAUGUUUUACACAUAAAGGAAAUUUAACUAAACAUGAGAGAACACACGUACAUGCCGAUAGUGCUGAAAAUUGUAGAUAGUCUUUUUAACGGGUGGAAAUGUUCAGUAGACAUGUGCAAUUUCGUUUAGUUCCAAAUUCUUUUUUUUAACGAAUUUUGACAAAUUAGUUCAUUCGGAAAUAUCCUAAUUAACGAAAACACGUUUCUUUAAAAAAUUAAAAACAGUAAAAUGCGAGCACUCACAAAGUGCAACUCUCAUCAAAUGGUAAAACUGACAUGUUUUGGGGGCGCACCCACUUCCUUUAGAGCUAAGCUUAGUUCUAAGAAAGUGGGGUGCACCCUGAAAAGCGUCAGCUUUUACCCCUUGGUGUGAUACAGCACCUGUGUCCACACUAUCCCACACUGUGUGGUUUUAUGUCUUAUUGAGAGUUGUACGCAUUCUUUACUGUUUUUGUUAUUUAAUAAAUGUCAUUGGUAAUGCACUAGGUGUGCUCACCUAACAAACAGAAAGCCUAACUAACUAUAUACAAAUGGGGAACACAGAAAAGCGGGGGAAAACUGGAGUUGCAGGGAGCAUAUAGGAAGGGGGAAUCAAAAAUGGGGUCAGGAACAAUGGGGAGCAGGGACAAGGCAGCAGGCUACAGGAUACAGCGUACAGGAA